AUGGAAGAUCCAUUUUUCGUGGUGAAAGACGAAGUAUUCAAAGCGCUGAAUAAAACACGUGGGCUGUAUAUUCGCUGGCGUGAGCUGAACGAUGCACAUUCCGGUGGUACGACCGCCGAAUCCGAUUGGACAACAACAGAACUGAAGAACUCACUGCGCAGCAUUGAAUGGGAUCUGGAGGAUCUGGAGGACACUAUUAGUAUUGUAGAGAAAAAUCCAAACAAAUUUAAGAUCGACAACCGUGAGCUGUCGAGCCGACGGCACUUUAUCGACGCCACUCGGGAUGAGGUAAAAUCGAUGAAGGAUCGCAUGAGCAUUAGCCGGAACCGUGAUCAGGACAUAACCGCACGCCAGCCGCUGCUCGAUAACGUCGAAUCGUCACCGCAGUGCAAUAAGAAUUACAUCAACAACAACAGCAUCAUAUCAAACGGUGUGGCCGUGCUGACCGGGAACGGAACCGUCGGUGGUGGCCUCAACAACAACUCGCUAAACUGCAACCUUAAUAACAACAGCCAGGUGAACAACCUUAACCUUGCCGAAACCGGUAAACAUUUGAUCAGUUCUGCCGGCGCUGCAAUGGCUUCGAGACACAGCGGUGCAAAGUACUCCAAGUUGGAGAAUAAUCUCGACGAUAGUCCGAGCCACUAUGUACCAUCGUCGUCCGGUGGUGCCGUGCUCGAUUCUAGCUCAAGUCGCUUCGUGGAGGAUACUCUGGCGACGCAGCAUAGGAUUCUGGUCGGGCAGGAUGAGCAACUGGACAUAAUCAGCGAUUCGAUCGGGACGCUAAAAACGGUCUCCCGCCAGAUUGGUAUCGAGUUGGAUGAACAGGCUGUAAUGCUAGACGAGUUUGGCAAUGAGCUGGAGCAAACUGAUUCCAAGUUGGAUGCUACCAUGAAAAAGGUAGCAAAGGUUUUACACAUGUCCAACGAUCGGCGACAGUGGACGGCAAUCGUAGUUCUAUCGAUAGCACUGGUAGUUGUGAUAAUUAUUUACAUCAUUCUCUAAUCAAUAUCUACCGGUAUCCGUACAGAGAAACAAGCAUAAUUAUUCGGGUAAUGGAAGCGUAGGUACGCGUGGGUAUUGAAGUGAGCUACAGUCAGGUGGUGUAAGUUUUUAUAUUUUAUUUUAUUCCUAACAACGUAGCGAAAAAGUUGUGCAGUACACAAAACAAACCAAAAAAGGAAAAAUAUUAAUAACUUAUGAUAACUAGAUUAGUGAUUAGCUUCGACGUUCUCCCUUGUUUGUUUCAGGAAAGUGGUGAACGUAGUGAGUGAUGUGUUUUUGAAGUCCUAACUUAUGUGAAAAUAUAGGUAAAUUUAUUUAGUUUAUUAUAGUUUAAGAUAUUAAGCAUAUCGCCCAUUAGUUAAGCUAACAUGUCUGGUAAGUGUCUGAACUGUUAUGCUCUUCUCUAUUCGCUAUAACGUGUGAAAUACACGUGAAACAUCUUUCGAACAGCUAAGUUAAUGCAAACUUAAUGUAGCAUGCGUAUAGCAAAACAUUGUAAAUAUCGUACCGAUUUACGUUCGAGAGGCUCUCGAAAGAGAUUUGAAAGUCCGGUCUAAUUUUGCAUUUUUUUUUUCUAUAAAGAACACUUUUGUUCGUAUUAUGUAAUGGAAUAUGUACACUAUUUGUAUCGAACACUCCUAUCUAGCGAAUGGUAUUGACGUAUUAUCACGAAUACGAAUAUCAUUUCAUUUUUCCACUGAGAUUCGUAAGAAUUCGUUCUAGUCAUAGGUUCCAAGCAUACGUUUAAUGAUAGUGAAACAAUAUGAAAGGGAAACAAAAAUAAGUGGGAAUGAAGGUAGUUUCUAAAGAAUACACUUAAUCGUUCGAAUUUGGUUAGGAUUUCAAAUCAUAAUUGAUACUGGUUUAUGUUUUUUUUUUAAUAAAGAAUACCACAACAUAUAAACAAUUAAUAACAAAACUGUAGACAAAACACAGGCGAGACCCAGAUACAGUCGAAUUACUAGGUAUCGAUGAAUAUAUUUUUUGUGGAAUGUAUUAAAUAUCUCAGAAUGAACAACUAUGUUUUUUACGAUGCAGCCAAAUUUUCCUAUAUUAUCAAACGAGUGUCGUUUAAUCCAUUAAUUCCAAAGAACAGAAAAAUAUAGCCGGACAAAAAGGAAGGGAAUGAGCAGCGUAUGUGCGUGUGGGAUUGUACUGCAAAACGACGAUGAGAGGGUGAUACGGAUACUUAACCAGUUCGAUAAAGAGCAGGGAAGAACCGAAGGACGUCUUCCCCUCGUUAACGAUGUAAGGACCCGCGACUAGAUGAUAGCUAUGGUAGGAUAUUCGGCACAACCCUGGUCUGACCAUCGUUCGAACACAGCACACAAAACAGUGUGCACAAGUUUUUGCAAUUCCCAAUAAUAUUUUUGUCGCGUAGCAAUUCAUGAUUAAAGUAACAACACUAUAUAAAGGAAAUGAAUUGAAAA